AGAGCAAAAGAAGGAAGAAGAUGAGCAGCAGCAGCAACGUCAACUCAGUAUUCUAUGCAGAAUCAUACCAUCCAAUUCAAGCAGGAAGCAUCGAUGGAACCGACGUUCUUCCUCACGACAACGGCAUCUACAGAGCUCUCCUUUGCACCAACUCUGGCCUCUAUGACCCUUUUGGUGAUCCAAAGGUGAUUGGUGACCCCUAUUGCACGAUUUUUGUGGGCCGUCUUUCCCACUCCACCACUGAAGAAACUCUUCGGCAGGCUAUGAGCAGAUAUGGAAGAGUAAAGAACUUGAGAUUAGUCAGACACAUUGUCACUGGUGCCUCACGUGGUUAUGCAUUUGUUGAAUUUGAAACAGAAAGAGAAAUGAGGCGAGCAUAUAAGGAUGCUCAUCAUACCUUUAUUGAUGAUUCGGAAAUCAUAGUUGAUUACAACAGACAGCAGCUCAUGCCAGGCUGGAUCCCAAGAAGAUUAGGAGGGGGUCUUGGUGGUAGAAAAGAGUCUGGGCAGCUGCGUUUCGGAGGGCGAGAACGACCAUUUCGUGCUCCCUUGCGACAAAUUCCUUUUGAUGACCUCAAAAGGCUUGGCAUACCACCUCCCCUGGAAGGAAGAUAUGUGUCACGAUUUGAGGUUCCAUCACCACCCCGAAGAAAAAGGGUUUCUGCAGACCGUGAAGACUACUCCUAUAAGCAUGAUGAAGAAACUAGUCGUGAUUAUCAUCUCGAAAGGUCACCAAGCCUGGAUCAGUCAUCUGAUAGAUGGAGGAGGUCAAGAGACAGGCACGACCGCUCAAGCAAGCACCACAAACGUAGUAGGCAUUCUCAUCGAGAUGAAAAGAAGUCUAACAGUCGUGAUCACUCAGGUGUCAGUGGUUCCAUGGACAGAAGCAGUUCACGCCAACGUGGCAGAUAUUCUCAUGAAAGUGAAAGGUGGUCUCCCAGAAGGAACAGCUUAUCAGACGACUAAGUAGCAGCUAAAUCUCCAACUGGUGCUAGUACUGAGCUUUUGGAUGACGCAGUCUGAGAGCCACUGCAUCUGUCUCGGAGAGGCGCAGUUGCGUGGAUAUUGGUUCAAGUAGCACAGAACGCAUUGAUCAAGAUCCAUUAAACGUGGAGGUGAAUGGUAGCAAUCAUAUGCAAGUGAAAUGUAUAAAGCUUGGAGUAGACUUGGAGUAGACUUGGAGAAUAUGAAGGGUGCCAGUUUUGUUGCUUGAUUCCAUCUUGAUACGCCAAAUGAAAAUACCGGUGCUGCAUCUGAUUGCCAAGCUUGCAAAUUCCAACAUUGUACUUGGGUAUAAGCAAAGCCAGAACCUCGCCACAUCCCUAUGAAAUUAAGCACGUUCGUGAAGCCUUGUACGGUGGGCAGAAAUGUGAAAAAAGUACUGCUGAAGAUAUUUUGUGUAACUAAUGUAUUUGCUAAGACUGAAUUUACACCGAGUCAUCUUAUACUUUUUGGUUGUCUGUACUUUGAUUCCCAACUUUCAAUACAUUUGCCGAAACUCUAAUAGGUAGAAGAUAUAUUUCAUGUGAAGUUAUCUUGAACA